UUUCCAAUUCCGAAGAGGACACAAUUCUGAAUUCUGUGAUACAACUUUUCUGUGUAAGGUAAUGCAGGAGGCCCUCAAAAGGCCUAGAUUUUCACAAUUAUAGUGAUUAUUAGCAGCUUGUGAUACUUGGGACAAAUAAACCAGCCAAAUGGCACUAAACUCACAGUACGAUGCAAUCGGAAAAGGAUUCGUACAGCAAUACUACACACUGUUUGAUGAUCCGGCACAGAGACCGAAUUUAGCUAAUAUGUACAAUGUUGAAACUUCAUUUAUGACUUUUGAGGGUGUCCAACUUCAAGGUGCUGUUAAAAUAAUGGAAAAACUGAAUGCCCUGACAUUUCAAAAGAUUGGCAGGCUAAUAACUUCAGUUGAUUCACAACCUAUGUUUGAUGGCGGAGUUUUAAUCAAUGUCCUUGGUAGACUGCAGUGUGACGAUGACCCUCCGCAUCCAUACAUACAGACAUUCGUUUUGAAGCCACUCGGAGAUUCUUUCUUUGUUCAGCAUGACAUAUUCCGCCUCGGCAUCCACGACGUCGCUUAAUUCACACAGAAGACAUUCUGUAUUUAUUGCGAACAACACAAUUCAUUGAUUAAGACUCCCUUUUGCAACUAAUACUGCGAAUUGUUUUGGUUAUCUAGGUAUAAGCUAGUACGGUCAACACCGCUCACACUAAUAUGCAACCUGUAAAUUGUUUCACGUAAGAAAAAUAUUUCAGCAACACACAUCGUUUCGGCUUAGAUGAAUUUGUCGGAUGGCUUUAGUCAAUGUAAAGGCAUUUUUAUCAGUUACAUGUAUACAUUUUAUAAUAAAUACAUAAUUUUUUACUAA